AUGAGCCGCGCCGCGUGUCUGGCUAUGCGUUUCUACCUGCCUAGUUCGCCUUCAUUUUACAUCGCAGAAGGUUAUUAUCGCUAUUCGUGCGCGGGAUCUAGUGUCUUCCAGUCGGGACUGGAUGAUACGUGGGCGGAUAAAAUUUUUUUGAUGGCGGAUACUGCUUGGAGGCCAGCUUGGCAGAAGUUGUUCCUAGCAAUCAAUAAUUUCUGCGCCCCAAUAGUAUCGUGA